AUGUCUGUUCCUUUAACACUCUUUCACGCUGUGCAGGGCGCUGCCAGCGCCUACGCUGGACUCCUGUCAGCCAUUGCCAUCUACAACCUCCAGCAACGCGAAGACCAGGCAGAACAUGCCGCUCAGUACUCCAAUACAGCUGGACAUCUCCUACACAAGACCAGAAUGACUCAGACCAGUGGAGCCUUGGCCGCGAUAUCUUCUAUGAUCUCGUCUAUAGUUCUGGCCGUCACUUCGUCCUCGGAAGGGCAAGGUGGAAGUUUGUUUCCGAUCCUGCUCAGCACGGCAAACGCGGUCGGGCUGGGGCUUGCUUACAGACACAUCCGGAAUUUCUGGCUGCAUAGAGCCAAAGUCCCGUUUCUAUCAGACUACAAUGACGGUGUCACUGCUUCGAAAAAUUUACAGCAAGCAUUGGGAGCUCAGUCCAUCACUUGGGCAGCUUCAAGCCUUGUCCACCUUUGGUUCUUUAUGGGCGCUUGA